UGGGCCGCGGCGAUGCGGCAAUUUCAAGAGCAGGAUGCUAAAGUUCGGACCUGGGCUGGGCGCGCAUACACAGAUGAUGAGUUGUCGCGUCGCUUUGAGAACCAGAGCUCAGGCAAUGAGGGGCUCAUGGACGAGGAGGCAGCAAGACGUUUGGUUGCCAGAGAAAGAGAGAGUGCCCAGAGCGACCUCAUGGAUGAGGAUACUGUGAAAAGAAAGCUUGCCGCUGAGCGAGAAAAAGAACGUGGAGAACGUGACAGCGGGGACGAAGAGGACAGGCAGCGUGCCAAUGCAGCUCGCGCGGCCCGUCAGGAUGGCAGCGACAGCAGUAGUCGAAGCAGAAGUCGCAGCCGAAGCAGAAGUCGCAGCUCGGUGCCCAGGCGAGAGAGCGAGGCUGCUCCGCCCGAAGCCCCACCAGAACUCCGCCCUGGACGACUGGUCACCUUGACAAAUUUGAAGCAGGCGGCCUCCCUGAACGGCUCGCGUGGGGUUCUGGAGCGCUUUGAUGCUAGCUCUGGUCGAUGGGAGGUUAAGCUGUUGAAUACUGGCGAUGUCAAGGCUAUUCGUCCUGACAACCUCCUGGCAGACUCUCAGGAAGCGCAAGAAGCACCUCCUAGCCCGCCAGAGAUAGCACCGAGGUCUCCUCCUCCAGCGCCUUCCGAGCUGACGGGUAGAGCCGGUGCCCGCUCCAGUGGUGCCCCUCCGCCUCCAGCCAAACCGGCGAGACGAAUGGGCACCAUCCGGUGGUACAACGGACGGCGGAGGCUAGGUGCCAUCAUUCCCGACAGUGAGGGCACUGAUCUCUUCAUUCCGGCCCAAGGGGCGCCCAAUGGCUCCCAAGUGCCGCCGCAGCCUGGGGGCCUGUUUCAUGGGACGAGAGUAAGCUUCUUGCCCAUGACCAUCAAAGCCGAUGCGGCCAAUGGCAGGCAAAAGGCUGAGACGGUUGGAUGCCCAAGAAGGAAGGGCCAAGACUCAGCCAACCGCGGAUUUGAUGAUACUGCUUCGGCAGUUGCUCUGCUUGAACGUGUGCAUGGAUGUGUGGAUCUCAGUGGUAUUUGUGGCCUUCUUGUGCGGCCACUAGCAGGUCAACAGGGCCUUAGCUGUGGUGUCGACACCAAUGCCGGAGCAAAGGAACGCAACGAUGAUCGUGUGGCAGCACAAGACCUGCAUGAGCUCGGGUUCCUGACGGGUAUCUUUGAUGGUCACAGAGGUGGUUCUUGUGCCGAAUUUGCUGCGAAACAAGUUCCGCCUAAUGUGCUAUCUGCAUACCGAACGCGUGCAAAGCGAGAAGGAAGUCUGGUGAAACUCUCUGCCGAAAAGGAGGCAGCUUUAAUUGCAGAGUCCUUGGUGGAGAGCUUCGAGGUCCAGGCAUGGCUGCAGUCUGCCAAGAAGAAGGACAUCCAAGAGGGUUCCACCGGCAUCGUGGCGUUGGUCUCCCACGGCUUCACGGCUCCAGUCGAAACAAAAGCCCCCACGGGCUGUGCUGCCCUGUGGCCCAAGCCGAAGGAAGAGCCAGUUCCUGAAAAACAGCCUGGGACUGUUGCCAGAGCAGUGGGAGGUGUGGCAAAGCUCUUUGUGGCCUGGGCAGGUGACUGUCGAGCCGUGUUGCUGAGAGGUCGUCAGGGCUUGCGCAUUUCCGAAGAUCAUCGGCCUCAACGUGCCGAUGAGAAGCGAAGAAUCGAGAAAGCUGGUGGCCUGGUGGUCCGCGACGCGCACAAAGUGUGGCGCGUUGGGCCGAGACCCGAAAACAAAAUGGCCAAGGAACUGCAGAAGGGCAAGAAGGAGUCCCAGCAGAUGAUGUGGUUUUUGUCCACCUGCCGGGGCUUUGGAGACCCGACCUUCAAACAUCCAGAUCCAAUCGUGACCGCCACUCCAGACGUCAAGGUUGUUGACUUGGUGCCAGAAGAUUGGGCCUGUAUGCUGGCGAGCGAUGGGGUUUUCGACGCUCUCAGUGACCAGGAAGUGGCCGACAUCAUUUGGCGGUGCAUGGCCAGUGGGAAAGACGCCGUCAGGGCUGCCAAGGAGGUGGUCAAUACCGCUCUGCGGAAAGGAAGCCGUGACAACAUCACAGCGGUGAUUUGUCGCUUUGGCUGGGCGAGCCCACCGGCCUUCGAUCAAGCGGCUGCGGCUGUGUUGCCUGCAGGCUUGGAGAGCAUUGGUGCUUUCGCCCCACCGCCAGAGCCUUCUGAUGAUGUCAACAUGUUUGGGUGA